CGAGCCCGGCGAGGCCAGCAGCUUGGCAGCGGCUACGUUCGCGUCCUUCGGAGCAGAGGCGGGUCCCUCCCCGAGACCUCUCAACGCUCCCGGCCGCCGCUGCUCCCGGAGCCGCGCACGACAUGAACCAGGCCGGGUGGACCGGGACGAGAACCGACAUGCUCCCGGAGAUCGCCGCCGCUGUAGGCUUCCUCUCCAGCCUCCUGAGGACCCGGGGCUGCGUGAGCGAGCAGAGACUUAAGGUUUUCAGCGGGGCUCUCCAAGAGGCGCUAACAGAGCACUACCAACACCACUGGUUUCCUGAAAAGCCAUCCAAGGGCUCGGGCUACCGCUGCAUCCGCAUCAACCACAAGAUGGACCCCAUCAUCAGCAAGGUGGCCAGCCAGAUUGGACUCAGCCAGCCUCAGCUGCACCGGCUGCUACCCAGCGAGCUGACCCUGUGGGUGGACCCCUAUGAGGUGUCCUACCGUAUUGGGGAGGACGGCUCCAUCUGCGUCCUGUAUGAGGAGGCUCCGGUGGCUACCUCCUAUGGGCUCCUCACCUGCAAGAACCAAAUGAUGCUGGGCCAGAGCAGCACCUCUGAGAACUACGUGAUGGCGGUCUCCAGUUAGAUCCCAUUGCCCCCGCCCUGGCACUCUACUGUACUCAUUCUGGUGUGACAACAGGCCACUGCAUACCUCAACCUGGGGAACUCUAUUUUUAAAUGAAGAGCUAUUUAUAUAUAUAUAUAAUUAUUAUUAUUUUUUUUUUUUU